AUGUCCAACGGGAACAGUCAGCUCGACAAUACAAUUGGAGAGAGUGAUCGGGCUGAGACUCGCAUUCACGAACGACCAGUCCUUCGUGUUGGCAUCAUCGGCUGCGGUGAGAUUGCUCAGGUUGUUCACAUCCCGACUCUCAACUUUCUGUCACGACGCUUCCAGGUGACAUAUCUCUGCGACAUCUCACAGCAAUCCCUCGAACAUUGUGCGAAGAAGGUAGCGGGAGCAGCCCCUACAAUCACCACGAAUGCCGAAGAGCUUUGCUCUUCACCUAAUGUGGACGUCGUCCUCAUUGCAAAUGCCGAUGCGUACCACGUUGCACAUGGGAUUAUCGCACUCAAGCAUAACAAGUACUGCCUGAUCGAGAAGCCUGUGGCUUUGUGUUUUCGAGACCUUGACCUCCUGGUCGAGGCAGAAAAGCAAUCCAAAGGCAAGGUGUUUGUGGGAACAAUGCGACGGUUUGCAACCGCCUUCUUGGACGCUGUGGAAGAGGUAGGAGGAUUCGAGAAGAUUCAAUACGCUCGUGUGCGAGACAUCAUUGGGCCAAAUGCGGUGUUUGUGGAUCAGUCAGGAACCUUUCCUGAGAAGUUCACCGACUUCAGUGAAGCAGAUGGUCAAGAUCGCCUGAACCGCGAAACAGACAUCUUUGAACAGGCUCUGAGGAAUGAGUUUGAUGUACCAGUCACUCCUGAAUCCAAACGUAUGCUCCGGGUACUUGGCGGGUCCGCACAUAUCCCCAUCCGAGAUUGA